CGCGCGCACCGAGCGACGCAGUGGCCAUCGAGUUUCAGAGGUUUUACGAGAAAAAGUGCAAAGUGCCAUUUUCAACCAGCAGAAAGUCGCGAUGUUCACGCGGCGCGACCGGUCGUCGUCGGGAAAGAUGCCCACGUGGAUGUAUAGCCCGACGGGCGAGACGCCACCGCGGAGCAACAAGAGCUCGUCGAGCUCGCGCGGUGGCAGCUUUGACGCGAUGAACCCGCCGUGGAUGUCGUCCGAGGCGGACCCGCUCCUGCCCGACAAAGACACGUACGCGGAGAUUGGCCUCGCGCGCCGCAAGCUUCUCGGGCCCACGUGCGUGCGCGGGCUCACCGACAUCAUCUUCUUCGUGCUCUUCGUGCUCUACUGGGUCGGCAUGAUCGCGCUCGGCAUCGUCGCCUUUGUCCAGGACGGCCUCACGCACAAGAUGCAAUACUUGACCGAACCCAUGGACUACCACGGCGUCAGCUGCGGCCUCAACGCAUCCGUGUACUACCCGCUCUGGCAGAGCAACCCGGACUUCGGCGUCUGCGUCGCGUCCUGCCCGCACGCCGGCGACGAGGUCCGCCUUCACGUGCCGUGGGCUCAAUUGAACGACUCGACGAUCACGGCGCCGGGUGCGCGGCCGGCCAACUCGACGGCCAAGGACCGGGUCGUGGUCUUUAGCGCAUACGAGACGGUCGCCAACAACUUUGUGUGCGCGCCCAACGGCACGGACGCGUUCAAGGACCUCCCGCACGUCUCACAGCUCAACGACGCGAUCGGACAGUACAUUGGCGGCAUCCGCGAGAACUGGAAGCAACUGCUCUCGGCGUGCGGCAUCGCGGUCGGCCUCGCCUGCGUCUACCUCAUCGUGCUCCGCUUCUUUGGCUGCCUCGUCCUCGGCCUCUCGGUGGUCGGCGUCCAAGUGGCGCUCAUCCUUGCCGCUGUCCAGGCGUGGCUCUUCUCGGCCAACAGCGACGCCUUUGACCGCGCGACGCAAAACGCGUUCUUGGUGCUCGCCGUGCUCUUGCUCUGCGGCGCGAUCCUCUUCUUCUUCAUCGUCGUCCUCAUGGUGCAGCGGCUCGUCCUUGCGGGCAAAUUCAUGGUGUUUGGGACGCGCGUGCUGUACCAGCUCCCGAAAUUGCUGCUUUUGCCCUUCUUCCACACGUUUCUGCUCUUCCUCGUCUUCAUUUGGGGCCUCGCGGUCACGGUCUGCCUCUUUGGCGCCGGUGAGACGGUCCAGGUCGAGGAGACUCUGCGUCUUCCCGGGUCCACCGAGACAGUGACCGUGCUCGUCGCGUCGUUCCAGCGCAGUCCGAUGCUCCGGUGGUUCUUCCUCUACCAUGCCUUUGGCAUCUACUGGGCGAUCACGACGAUCUUGAGUCUGACCGAGAUGACGACUGCGAUGGCGGUCUCGCUCUGGUACUUUGCGCCGACCGACAAGGCGACGAAAGAAAAGGCGUUCGAGGUCGACGACCCGGUCAAGUACGCACUCGAGGGCAUUGCCGGCAACCAUGUCGGCACGGCUGCGCUCAGCGCACUCGUUGUCGCGCCGAUCCGCUACGUGCGCAACUUUUUCAUGUACAUUGAAGACGUGCAGGACAACGAGAGCCUCGGGAGCGGCGUCGCGAAUGUUUUCUCGACGCUCUUUUGCUGCUGCAUCUGGUGCUUCAAGUCGUUUGUGAUCUUCAUCUCGAAAGAAGCGUCGUUUGUGACAGCGAUGCAAGGCUCGAGCUUCUACAGUGCGGCCAAGGUCGCCCACUCGCUCAUUACAUCGCACCUUUUGCGCAUCGGGUCGAUCAACCGCAUUGGCAACGCCAGUGUCCUCCUCGGCAAGGUGAUCAUUUGCUCGGGUGCGUGCCUCGCCGCGUACAUCUUGAUGGAAGCCGAUGACACGUGGACCAACAUGGCGAUCCCGAUGCUCUCGAUCGCGCUCUUCUCGUAUGCGAUUGCACAUACCUUCAUGUCGCUCUAUGAGACAACGAUCAACGUGCUUCUUCUGAGCUUUACGCUGGACGAAGUCACGCACGGCGGUCGCGGCAAGGCGCAGUUUGCCGAGCCCGACUUCACCAAGGCGGUCAACGACAAUUUGCGUCCCAAGUGGCAGAUCGUCUUAUAAGACCUUGAGCACAGGAGAGCCAUAUGAAGCAUGCUCGCGAGAACGAGUCAACGUCAUACAUACUAGUAGUACGACGC